GAUGAACAGGUUACAAUGAAACCAAAUUCAGGAACCCUUGUCAUAAAUAUUAUGAAUGGUGGGAAGGCAGAAGCAUAUGAAGGAGUAUACCAGUGUACAGCAAGAAAUGAACGAGGAGCAGCCAUUUCCAACAAUAUUGUUAUAAGGCCUUCUAGAUCCCCUUUGUGGACUAAAGAAAAACUAGAACCAAACCAGGUUCGAGAAGGUGAUUCUCUAGUACUACACUGCAGACCUCCAGUUGGCUUACCACCACCUAUAAUAUUUUGGAUGGAUAAUGCUUUCCAAAGGCUGCCUCAGAGUGAAAGAGUUUCCCAAGGUCUAAAUGGAGACCUUUACUUUUCUAAUGUACAACCAGAAGACACCCGUGAGGACUAUAUCUGCUAUGCAAGAUUUAAUCAUACGCAAACUAUACAGCAGAAACAACCCAUUUCUGUAAAAGUCUUUUCAAUGGAUUCAUUGAAUGACACUAUAGCUGCUAAUUUGAGUGACACUGAUAUUUAUGGUGCCAAGCCGGUUACAGAGAGGCCACCAAUUCUUCUAACACCAACCGGUACCACAAGUAACAAAGUGGAACUUAGAGGAAAUGUCCUUUUGUUGGAGUGCAUUGCAGCGGGAUUACCCACACCAGUAAUUCGCUGGAUUAAAGAAGGUGGCGAACUGCCAGCCAAUAGAACACUUUUUGAAAAUUUUAAGAAAACUCUCAAGAUUAUAGAUGUUUCUGAAGCUGACUCUGGGAACUACAAAUGUAUAGCAAGAAAUAUAUUAGGUUCUACUCAUCAUGUCAUUUCAGUAACUGUGAAAGCUGCUCCAUACUGGAUAACCGCACCCAGAAACUUGGUCUUAUCUCCUGGAGAAGAUGGAACAUUGAUCUGCAGAGCUAAUGGCAACCCAAAACCUAGCAUAAGCUGGUUAGCAAAUGGUGUUCCCAUAGCAAUUGCCCCGGAAGAUCCUAGCAGAAAGGUAGAUGGCGAUACCAUUAUUUUCUCAGCUGUGCAAGAAAGAUCAAGUGCUGUCUAUCAGUGCAAUGCUUCUAAUGAGUAUGGAUACUUGCUAGCAAAUGCAUUUGUGAAUGUUCUGGCUGAGCCACCAAGAAUUCUAACUCCUGCUAACAAACUGUAUCAAGUCAUCUUAGAUAGUCCUGCAUUAAUAGACUGUGCUUAUUUUGGUUCACCUAAACCUGAGAUUGAAUGGUUUAAGGGAGUAAAAGGCAGCAUCUUGCGGGGAAAUGAAUACGUUUUCCAUGAUAAUGGAACCUUGGAAAUUCCAGUGGCUCAGAAGGAUAGUACUGGCACAUACACGUGCGUUGCAAGGAAUGAAUUAGGAAAGAUACAAAAUGAAGUACAAUUGGAAGUUAAAGACCCAACGAUGAUAAUUAAACAGCCAGAAUACAAAGUGAUUCAGAGAUAUGGCCACGUUUCAUUUGAGUGUAUAAUAAAACAUGAUUCUACCUUAAUACCAACAGUUAUAUGGUUGAAGGACAAUGAUGAACUGCCAGAUGAUGAGAGGUUUCUAGUUGGUAAAGACAACUUGACCAUUAUGAAUGUAACUGAUAAAGAUGAUGGAACAUAUACUUGCAUAGUUAAUACUACUCUGGACAGUGUUUCAGCAAGUGCUGUGCUUACUGUUGUUGCUGCUCCCCCAACUCCAGCUAUCAUUUACGCUCGGCCAAAUCCACCAUUUGACUUGGAAUUGACAGGUCAGCUAGAAAGAAGUAUUGAACUCUCAUGGAUACCAGGAGACGAAAAUAACAGUCCUAUUACAAGCUUUGUGAUUGAAUAUGAAGAUGGACUGCAUGAGCCAGGGGUAUGGCAUUACCAGACGGAAGUUCCUGGAUCUCAGACAACAGUACAGUUGAAGUUGUCUCCAUAUGUCAACUACUCAUUCCGUGUGAUAGCUGUCAAUGAAAUUGGUAGAAGUCAGCCAAGUGAACCAUCUGAGCAGUACCUGACAAAAUCUGCAAACCCUGAUGAAAAUCCUUCUAAUGUACAAGGGAUAGGUUCAGAACCUGAUAAUUUGGUAAUAACAUGGGAGUCUUUGAAAGGUUUUCAGUCUAAUGGACCAGGACUUCAGUACAAAGUCAGCUGGCGUCAGAAAGAUGUUGAUGAUGAAUGGACAUCUGUUGUAGUUGCAAAUGUGUCUAAAUAUAUUGUGUCUGGUACACCAACUUUUGUUCCCUAUGAAAUAAAAGUACAGGCUUUAAAUGACCUGGGAUAUGCACCAGAACCAUCAGAGGUGAUUGGACAUUCAGGGGAAGACUUGCCAAUGGUUGCGCCAGGCAACGUGCAGGUUCAUGUUAUUAACAGCACAUUGGCAAAGGUGCACUGGGACCCAGUUCCACUAAAAAGUGUCCGAGGACAUCUUCAAGGGUACAAAGUUUACUACUGGAAAGUACAGAGUCUAUCCAGAAGGAGCAAGCGGCAUAUAGAGAAAAAGAUCUUGACUUUCAGGGGAAACAAGACUUUUGGAAUGUUGCCAGGGCUGGAGCCCUAUAGUUCUUACAAGCUGAAUGUUAGAGUUGUUAAUGGUAAAGGAGAAGGACCAGCAAGCCCAGACAAAGUAUUUAAGACCCCUGAAGGAGUUCCUAGCUCACCCUCCUUUUUGAAGAUUACUAACCCAACAUUGGACUCUCUGACUCUGGAGUGGGGUUCACCUACCCAUCCAAAUGGUGUUUUGAUAUCAUACAUACUGAAGUUUCAACCAAUUAACAACACACAUGAAUUAGGUCCCUUGGUAGAGAUACGAAUACCUGCCAACGAGAGCAGCUUGAUAUUAAAAAACUUAAAUUACAGCACACGAUACAAGUUUUACUUUAACGCACAAACAUCAGUUGGAUCAGGAAGUCAGAUAACCGAGGAGGCAGUAACAAUUAUGGAUGAAGGUAAGAUGGCCGGUAUUCCUCGUCCUGCUGUAGGUGCAGGCAAAGUGCAACCACUUUAUCCAAGGAUCAGAAAUGUUACAACAGCUGCUGCUGAGACCUAUGCCAAUAUCAGUUGGGAGUAUGAGGGACCAGAUCAUGCGAACUUUUAUGUUGAAUAUGGUGUAGCAGGCAGCAAAGAAGAUUGGAAAAAAGAAAUUGUAAAUGGUUCUCGAAGCUUCUUUGUGUUAAAGGGUUUAACACCAGGAACAGCAUAUAAAGUCCGGGUUGGUGCUGAGGGCCUGUCUGGUUUUAGGAGUUCAGAGGAUGUGUUUGAGACAGGUCCAGCAAUGGCAAGUCGGCAGGUUGACAUUGCUACUCAAGGAUGGUUCAUUGGUCUUAUGUGUGCUGUUGCUCUUCUUAUCUUGAUUUUACUGAUUGUUUGCUUCAUCAGGAGGAAUAAGGGUGGCAAAUAUCCAGUGAAGGAAAAGGAGGAUGCACAUGCUGACCCAGAAAUACAGCCUAUGAAGGAAGAUGAUGGAACAUUUGGUGAAUACAGUGAUGCAGAGGACCAUAAACCUCUAAAAAAAGGAAGCCGGACACCUUCAGACAGAACUGUGAAAAAAGAAGACAGUGAUGAUAGUUUAGUUGACUAUGGAGAAGGUGUAAAUGGUCAGUUCAAUGAGGAUGGCUCCUUUAUUGGACAAUACAGUGGUAAAAAAGAGAAAGAACCUGCAGAAGGAAAUGAAAGUUCUGAGGCUCCUUCUCCUGUAAAUGCCAUGAAUUCAUUUGUGUAA